ACCAAUUGGCAAUGGGGGAGUAGCCAACUCCUUAUAAAUCCAGUCCAUGGCCGAUAAAUCUACCAACAAUAUUGAGUUGAAGGUAUUGGUGGACAAGGGGAGUAACAAAGUUAUCUUCAUAGAGCCUGACAAUGAUUUUGUUGAUGUUCUCUUCAGUUUCAUGACAAUCCCCAUGGGAACAAUUAUCAGGCUUGCACGUAAACAUUCAGAUCCCAUGGUAAUAGGUUGCAUGAACAACUUAUAUGAAAGUGUUGAGAAUAUUGAUGAACAAGAAUUUAGGUUUCCUAAGUUUAAGGACAUGUUGUUGCGUCCCGCCAAUGCAGCUGAUUUUCUUUGCAAUUGCCUCAAAUUGAAACUUGACAAUGCUGAGCCAAGAAGUUACUUUAUGUGCUCCAAAUUAUGUAAGUUCUUAAGUUAUAACUAUGGUACCUACUGUCCUUGCUCGUAUUCAUCAACCACAUAUGGCCUUUCUUCAUCAACCAUGGUUGAGAAGAAGAGGCUUUCAGUUGCAAGUGUCUUUGUAAAAAGACGAACCGGGUUUAUAGUUGCUGAUGAUUUACAAGUGAUCCCCCCAAGUGCAUCAACCGAUUCUGUAUUAUUUACUAAGCUUGGUGUCGUGGAUGUGCAUGCUACUGAGGAGUUGGCUAUCAAUAUUGGAACUGCUGAGAUUUGUAAUUUGCUUUUAAGUUGCUUAGUGUCAAAAACACCUUUGACUGAAACCCUCUUGAAUCCUGAACAAGAACCAAAAUUGAGGAGUACAAUUCUUAACCAAGGAAUACUCAAUGAAUAUCAAAUGUCUGGAGAUUCAAUGGAUGAUGAAGAAGUAAAAAACAUGAAGGAUUGUUCCUUGAAAGGUUGCAUUAAUCACUUGUACAAAACUAUCCUGGAUUUGGAUGGUGUACAAAACCAUCAUAAUGCUUUGUUUAUAAACACCUUUACAAUUUACAAGAGUGUGGAUUUUUUAUGUGGGAUUUUCACAAAGGGCACCUCAAAAGAUAAACCUAUAGAGAAAUCCAUAUUUUUACUGUUGGUGAAAUGUGGAAAUAUAUUUAAAGAGUAUAACCGCGCGUCUAUACUCUAUAAAUAG